CUGCUACGUUACUGUAGCAGCUAGAGUGCAGGCAGGUUAACGUUGCUGUUAAAAACAUAGAAGCAAAGAAGUCACAGUAUGCCGUGAAAAGCAGUACUUUGACAAUAUUCUCCGGAGUGGAAUCAAAACAGAAACUGUUACAGUGCAUCCUAACCUAGUGGUGCACAGGGGGUCAGCAGUCCGCCAUGGAUACCACCACCUCCAUGAAGAUGACCUCGCUGGCAAUCCAGAGUCUGUUCAGCAAUGUGGAGGAGGAGAACCUGGCUGCCAUCAAAGCACAUUUGGACAAGUUCAAAGAUGUGGACAGCAGGAGUGAUAAUGGACAGACUCCCCUGAUGGUGGCAGCAGAGCAGGGCAAUCUGGAGAUAUUACAAGAACUAAUUAGGAGAGGAGCCACUGUGAACUUGGACGACAUUGACGGUUGGACGGCGUUGAUCUCGGCAGCUAAGGAGGGCCACAUUGAGGUGGUGAGGGAGCUGCUGGAGAACAAUGCUAACCUGGAACAUCGAGACAUGGGAGGUUGGACUGCUCUCAUGUGGGCAGCUUAUAAAGGUCGAACAGAUGUGGCCCAGCUGCUCUUGGAAAAAGGAGCUAACCCGAACAUCACUGGUCAGUACAGCGUCUACCCCAUUAUCUGGGCGGCGGGUCGAGGCCAUGCUGAGAUUGUCCAUCUUCUGCUGCAGCAUGGAGCCAAGGUCAACUGCUCAGACAAGUAUGGUACCACUCCUCUGAUCUGGGCAGCCAGGAAGGGCCACUAUGACAGUGUGAUGCACCUUCUGGCCAACGGAGCCGAUGUGGACCAAGAAGGAGCGAACUCAAUGACCGCUCUGAUUGUGGCAGUGAAAGGUGGCUAUACAGAGGUUGUUAAGGAGCUGCUGAAGAGGAACCCAAAUGUCAACAUGACGGACAAAGAUGGCAACACAGCCCUGGCCAUUGCUGCCAAGGAGGGACACAUCGAGAUCGUACAGGACCUGCUGGACGCCGGCACCUAUGUCAACAUCCCAGACAGGAGUGGGGAGACAAUGCUGAUUGGAGCUGUGAGAGGAGGUCACGGGGAGAUAGUUCGAGCUCUGCUGAACAAAUACGCUGAUAUUGAUGUCAGGGGCCAGGAUGGAAAGACUGCCCUCUACUGGGCAGUAGAGAAAGGCAACUCUACCAUGGUGAGAGACAUCCUACAGUGUAACCCAGACACCGAGAGCUGCACUAAGGAGGGAGAGACCCCACUUAUCAAAGCCACAAAAAUGAGGAACAUAGAGAUCGUGGAACUGCUGCUGGAUAAAGGAGCCAAGGUGUCUGCGCUGGAUAAGAAAGGAGACACGCCCCUCCACAUUGCCAUCCGAGGGCGAAGCCGAAAGUUAGCUGAGCUGCUGCUGAGGAACCCUAAAGACGGUCGCCUGCUUUACCGGCCCAACAAAGCUGGAGAGACCCCAUACAACAUCGAUUGUACCCACCAGAAAAGCAUCCUCACGCAGAUAUUUGGAGCCAAGCACCUCUCCCCCUGUGAGUCAGAUGGAGACAUGUUGGGCUAUGACCUGUAUAGCAGUGCUCUAGCAGACAUCCUUAGCGAGCCCACCAUGCAGCCACCUAUCUGUGUUGGACUGUACGCUCAGUGGGGCAGCGGAAAGUCUUUCCUUCUCAAGAAACUGGAGGAUGAGAUGAAGACCUUUGCAGGCCAGCAGAUAGAGCCAUUGUUCCAGUUCUCUUGGCUGGUGGUCUUCCUCACCCUGCUACUCUGUGGCUCACUUGCCGCAGUUCUAGGCUUCACCGUUGAUCCCAAGCUGGCAAUUGCCGUCUCCCUCAGCCUCCUCGCCCUGCUCUACAUCUUUUUUGUGUUGGUGUACUUUGGAAGUCGGCGUGAGAGGGAGAACUGGAGCUGGGCAUGGGUCAUCAGCACACGUCUGGCUCGCCAGGUUGGUUACCUGGAGCUGCUUCUCAAACUGAUGUUUGUCAACCCCCCUGAACUUCCUGAGCAGACCACCCGCGCACUGCCUGUCAGGUUCUUGUUCACGGAUUAUAAUCGUCUGUCCAGCGUUGGAGGAGAGACCUCCAUGGCUGAAAUGAUUGCCACGCUCUCAGAUGCUUGUGAGAGGGAGUUUGGCUUCAUGGCCACCAGGCUCUUCAGGGUUUUCAAGAACAGUGAAAUCCAAGGUAAGAAGUGGAAGAAAACAUGUUGCGUUCCCUCCUUUGUGCUGUUCGUCUUGACACUGGGAUGCCUGAUCACUGGUAUGGCCCUGUUGGCCAUCUUUAAGGUGGACCCUGAGAACUUGACAAUAAAUGCAGUUUUAAUAGCCAUGGCUAGUGUGGUGGGCCUGGCCAUAGUGCUCAACUGUAGGACCUGGUGGCAGGUGGCAGACUCUGUCCUCAACUCCCAGAGGAAACGGCUGCACAGUGCUGCCAACAACUUGCAUAAACUCAAGAGUGAAGGAUUUAUGAAGGUUUUAAAGCAUGAAGUGGAGCUAAUGUCAAAAAUGGCCAAAACCAUUGAUGGCUUUACCCAGAACCAGACUCGCAUGGCCGUCAUCAUCGACGGACUUGACGCCUGUGAACAGGACAAAGUGCUGCAGAUGCUGGACACGGUGAGAGUACUCUUCUCCAAGGGUCCUUUUAUCUCCAUCUUUGCCAGCGAUCCCCAUAUUAUCAUUAAAGCUAUCAAUCAGAACCUCAACAGUGUGCUCAGAGAUUCCAACAUCAAUGGACACGACUACAUGAGGAACAUCGUUCACCUGCCAGUAUUCCUCAACAGCAGAGGCCUCAGUACAGCCAAAAAGCUCUGCAUGGCCCCCACCAAUGGAGAGCCAUUACCUGUUGAGGGAAGGCAUGAAGACAUUGACAGGAAGAUGUCUCAGACCAGCAUGGGCCAAGACCAGGCCAAGCUUGGCAGCAAGAACACCCUAAACCGCAGGGACACAUACCGGCGUCGGCAGAUGCAGAGGACCGUCACCAGACAGAUGUCCUUUGACCUGACUAAGCUGCUGGUGACUGAGGACUGGUUCAGCGACAUCAGCCCACAGACCAUGAGGAGACUGCUCAACAUUGUUUCCAUCACAGGUCGUCUGUUGCGGGCCAAUCAGAUCAUCUUCAACUGGGACCGGCUGGCAUCAUGGAUCAACCUGACUGAAGAGUGGCCUUACAGGACAUCGUGGAUCAUCCUGUUUUUGGAAGAGACUGAUGGAGUGUCUGACCAGGUCCCUCUCAAGACCAUCUACGAAAGAAUUUCCAAGAACAUCCCCACCACUAAGGACGUGGAACCUCUGCUGGAGAUCGAUGGAGACGUCCGCAGCUUUGAGGUCUUCCUCUCCUCCAGGACGCCCGUCCUCACUGCCAGAGAUGUGGAGAUGUUCCUGCCCUGCACAGUCAACCUGGACCCCAAACUGAGGGAGAUCAUAGCAGAUGUCCGUGCGGCCAGGGAGCAGAUGCACAUGGGAGGAGUGACCUAUCCCACGCUGCCCCUGCAAGAGGCAAUGCCCCGUCCCCAGUCAGGUUAUGGCCAACAGUCUGCCGCCUGCUCGCCGACGGGCUCCUUCGCCGGACCCCUGCCUCCUCAGCCCCACAGUGCCUACUUCAGUGGGAUGACUGGCCCUCAGCACCCCUUCUACAACCGGCCUUAUUUCCCCCACCAUGUGUAUCACCUGCCACGGCAUUACUACCACCAUGUCCCCUCAUCCUCGCGCCCCUCCAAUAAACAACCCGGUCAACCUAAGGACAACACCAAUGGACUUGAUGUUAUUGCAGAGGAUGCCAGAGAAGGUCUCCUCUCCUCUCCCUCUGAACCUACCAUGGUAUCUCCUGUGAUCGUGCUCAGCUCUAUGACCACAGAUGCGGUGUGUGAUCGUCUCAAACAAAUCGAUGGAAUUGACCCCAGCAUGCUUCCUCUGUACAAUGCCACCAUAAAGAAGGCUAAUAUAAAUGGUCGAGUGCUGUCUCAGUGCAACCUGGACGAGCUGAAGAAAGAGAUGGAGAUGAACUUUGGCGACUGGCAGCUCUUCAGGGGAAUGGUGAUGGAACAGCGUAAUGCUGAAAGCCAGGCUCUGCUUCAGGAUGAGUCCCGAGCUGCUAGCGAGCAGGGCAGCAGCGUGCACCACGGGGAGCCCAACAGACGCUCUGGGGGGGCCCAGCAUGAAGCGGCGGCCUUCAGCCUCAACCUCAGCUUCGAGGAGCUCAGCGGAGUUGGGCUGGAGGAGCCUCUGAGACACAGCAACAACUCACACUGGCCGGUGGCAAAUCUCCGCACCUCAAGCAUGUCCAGCCUCAACUCUCAGGAAUCCUCUAAUGACAUCUGCAAGCUGACUGACAAGCAGCAGGAUGAGUAUCGUGAUGCCUACAGGGAGUACAUCACUCAGAUGGCCCAGCUGGAUAUGUCCGGCAGUGGGGGAGAGAGGCCCGUGCAGCCCCACCCUGGACAAUUCCUUCAGGCCGCCAGCUCAGAGGACAAAGGGGCCAAGGAAGGAGCUGACCAAGACAGCCGCAAGUCCUUCACCAAGAGAGGCUCCAAGAAUAGUGAUGCCACAGACUUCCCCUCAGGGACCGAUGCCCAGCUCCUAGACCCCAUCAGUGAAGAGGAUGAGAAGCUGGACCACAGCGCGUCCUCCAGGACUCCAGGUACCAGAAAGAAGGGAGCCGGGGCAUUGUACCACAAGCUGCCCAACGAUGAAGACUCCGGCCCAGAAGAAGCUGACAACACCACACCUCUCCUCCACAGAGAGGGUGUUGCUCUGUACUCCCAGCCCAGCAGGCUGCUAACCAAGCCUGGCUUCCUCACCGAAAUCCUCCUGGAUAAGAAGGACUCGUCCGACUCAGGGAUGCGCUCCAGUGACAGCUCCUCAGACCCUUCCUUGGAGGAGGCUGAAGGAGAGUCUUACACAGAGAGAGAAACACUGAAGUCCAGCCUGAUUGAACUAGAGCUGGAGGGCCUGGUGAAGAAGAGAGGCCUCCUCCCCAGCAGCCUGAGCGGCCUUCAGGAUGCGGCAGUGGCCCGCAUGUCCAUCUGCUCUGAGGCUCCGUCUGAGGCCAGCCUAAUGGCCAGCAGCCCAGAUGAGGGGUGGCCGUCUAUCAGGGUCAGCAACCUCAAUCGCACCGACAGCAACACCACCCUCAAUAACAACACAAACAGCCCUGGCGACUCCACCAGCAACACCAACACCAACAACAGCCACCAGCAGCCGGUUAACAUCACAGGCACAGAAUCCACCACCACCUGCCGCAGCAUCAGCGUCUCGCCAGCUGUCAUCAUCAUGCCCGGCAGCAGCAGCACUGCCAACACCACGGCUGCCACCAUCCACAACCAGAACCUGCGCACAAUCAGCCUGGGAGAUGAGAGGGAGAGUGUCCUCUAGGAAGCAGGUUGUUGUUCUGAGGAGGGUCAUGUAGACUGUUCUAGAUGUUGUUGGUGACCUUAUUGUACUGUUGGCAUCGUGAUGUGUUCCAAAGAAGUAGAGUAGAUACGUGUUCUACUGAAAAUGUUGCUGUGAAGCAAGAGUAGUGCAUCAAAAGCUUCAGGUAGUUGGCUAAUGAAAACAAAAAUCACCUUUUUAUUUUAAAAAAAAGGACAACUCUAAAGACACAUUUUUAAUUAGAUUUUUAAUUUAAUGAUACCAAAAUGCUUCAAUCAGGUCAAAUUGGGAUUGUUUUAAUUUAUUUUUAUGUUAUUUCUUACUGUUGUUUGGAUGGUUUAAGUGUCAUUUCUUUCUCAUGUGAAUGUGGUGCUGUUAUGGAAACGGUGUGUUUUUGUGGUGCUGUGUUGUGGACAUCAUAUGUUACCAAAACAAAAAGUGUUUGUCAGGAAAUGUAGCCACAACUGAAAAAGCUCAGUGUUUUUGACUUAUUUAAAAUAGAUGGCAUUGUAAACAGUGGUGCAGUGUGUUGUUGGCUGUUUCUGUGAUGGAAGAAGUGCAUGCAAUAGUCUCCAAAGCGGUGACUGUCUUCUCCAAAUGUCCUUGUGAAAUGGUGUUCCGUGAAUCAAUAAACAUUUUGCUACAUGAUCCAUUGAAA